CUGCAGUGUUCAGCAAAUGCAACCCACUGGAAGAUUGGACGAACAUCAUCAUCACCACCACCACCACCACCACCACCACCACCACCACCAUCACCAUCAUCAGCAGUACCAACAGCACCAUAUUUUAUACUGGUUUAUCAUUGGCCUGUCCUGCCGGAUUGUUGCUGUCACAGAAGCAGCAAACAGUAUUGCACCACUCAUAAAGUGGUGAAAAGAGAACGUGCAUUUGAAUUGGCGUAUAUUGAAGCCAAUUUUGAAACAGAACAAAGGGAACAGGAAAGAUUACGUAGAACUGAACUGCUAAAACAGCCGAUUGAAGAGGAUCCAGAAGACAUUUGUAAGGAAAGAUGUAACAAGAAUCUUCGAGAAGGUUUAGAUAUGGUCAAAGCACAUUUGGGCUUCGGUAGUAUCAGUGUACCGCCGGUGAUUGAUGAAUUCGACCUGCUACUAUAUUGCCGCCUGGACAUGGAACAUGACCGAUGCCUUCGGAAAUGCGGUUUUACCGUACAGUUCAAUAUGCGUGAUUUUGUGUGCAAAAAAAACUAUGAAAAGAUGCGCAGUUUCCUGUCUUGUUACACGAAUGCAUCACCCCGAAUGAAACGUGAAUGUGGUGGUACACGAUGUGGACCAUACAUCACUUCAGAAGGAAACUUUUUUGAUUACGCUAAUCGUUGCCGGACAUUGUCCUGUGAUCUAAACUGUAUUCAAAAGGCUUUGGUUCGAGACUGUGGACUCAGUCAUGGUAGCAGAGCUACAAAUUUUUUGAUCAGUUAUGUUCGGGAGCAGGUAAAGAUUUUAUAA